CAGCGGGUGGGUCAGCGAGCGAACAUAGGCUAUUCCAAAGCGACAGCGGGGAAGGCGGCUACAACAGCAUGAAUGGGCUCCGUGCAUAGAACGCUGGAACACGCCCGUUCCAUCUCCCAGGCCGAUUGGCUCUGGGAUUGGUGCGGCUGCGAACUGAAAGGGCGCGCGCGCGCGCGCGCACACACUAGCUUUGCAGAACCCGGAAGGGAGUGUGGAAGGCUUGUGAGGUGAGAAGUAGCCACGUCCGCUUCUUGAGCAGCUGGGCUGGACAAAUAGAAAUGGAUGCUGAUGUGAUAACAAACUUCAUAAAACUGCAUUCCCACCUUCCAAAGACUUUCCUUCGAUAUGGAACAGCUGGAUUCCGUUCCAAAGCAGAGCACAUCUACCACACAAUAUUUCGUGUAGGUUUGGUGGCAGUGUUGAGGUCCAAGCAGACUAAAUCCACAAUUGGAGUUAUGAUUACAGCCUCCCACAAUCCUGAAGAAGACAAUGGUGUGAAGCUGAUUGAUCCUUUGGGUGAAAUGUUGGCACCUGCUUGGGAAGAACAUGCCACACGCUUGGCCCUUGCUGAAGAGGACGAAUUGCAGAGUGUGGUCUCUGACAUCUGCCAGAAGGAAGUAGUGAACCUUCAACAUGAUGCCUUCAUUGUUAUUGGCAGAGACACCAGACCUAGCAGUGAGAAGCUUGCCAAGUCAUUAAUCGACUGUGUGACUGUUCUUGGAGGUCAAUACUAUGACUAUGGCUUGGUAACAACACCACAGCUGCAUUACAUGACCUGCUGUCGAAAUACUCAUGAGAACUAUGGGGUUGCAACAGUGGAAGGCUACUAUCAAAAGCUGUCCAAAGCCUUUGUGGAGCUUACAAAGCAGGCUACCAGCCAAAGGGAUGGUCAUAUGUGUCUGAAGAUAGACUGUGCGAAUGGUAUUGGAGCUCUGAAACUCAAGGAAAUGAAACGCUAUUUUCCAGCAUGCCUUGUAAUGCACAUAGACAAAGAUGGAACCAAAGGGAGACUCAAUCACCUAUGUGGUGCUGAUUUUGUAAAAGUUCAUCAGAAGCCUCCUGUUGGGCUGGAAAUGAAGCCUAAUGAAAGAUGCUGCUCGUUUGAUGGUGAUGCCGACCGAAUUGUGUACUAUUAUAAUGAUGCUGCUGGCCGUUUUCAUCUUCUGGAUGGAGACAAAAUAGCAAUUCUGAUCGGCAGUUUCCUGAAAGAACUUCUGGUCAGGAUGGGGCAGACCUUAACGAUGGCAGUGGUACAAACAGCAUAUGCCAAUGGGAGUUCCACUGGUUAUUUGGAAGCAACCUUGAAGUUGCCUGUCUGCUGUGCCAAAACAGGAGUGAAGCACUUGCAUCACAAGGCCAAGGAAUUCGACAUUGGCGUUUACUUUGAAGCAAACGGUCAUGGCACUGUAUUGUUUAGUAAAGCUGCAGAAGAGAAAAUAAGACACCAGGCAAAAGAAGAAAAAGACAACCGAAAAAGAGAAGCUGCAACGAUGUUUGAAAAUACUAUUGACUUGAUAAAUCAAACAGUUGGUGAUGCCAUCUCAGACAUGUUAUUGAUUGAAGCCAUCUUGGCUUUGAAGAACUUCACGAUACAACAGUGGGAUGCCAUGUACACGGAUCUUCCUAACCGACAACUUAAAGUGAAGGUUGCUGACAGACGAAUAAUUGAGACUACAGAUGAAGAAAGGCGAGUAGUUACACCCCCAAAGCUGCAAGAGAGAAUUGAUGAGCUCACCAAGAACUAUAAACUGGCUCGAGCUUUUGUUCGACCAUCUGGAACAGAAGAUGCAGUCAGAGUCUAUGCUGAAGCAGACACACAGGAGAAUGCUGAUGAACUUGCACAUGAAGUCAGCCUGGCUGUCUACCACUUAGCUGGAGGAGUUGGGGCAGAGCCAAUGCCUGUAGCUUGACAGAAGCACUCUUCAUAACCCAACCCUGUAGUCCGGCGGAAGCCAGUUCUUAAAUCAACCCCUCUUGCUUUAUUACUACUUUACUUUUGUCAAAGAAUCAUUACAAGGUGCAAUUCAAAUUACUUUUGAUUAUUAAACCUCUCCUUUAACAGG